GUAAAGCGUAUGCGGCCUUUCAAUCAUGGUCCUCUAGCGCUUCCAUUGAUUCGUACACUUGGUAACAUUGCCAGUGGACCGGAUGACAAUACUGACAUUUUGAUUCAGCAGCCAGAUUUUUUACCUGCUAUGCUCGAAUAUAUUCAAAACCCGUCAGAAAAGAAAGUUUAUGGGUCAUGUCCAAUAUUACGGCAACGCAAUCGUCGUCCAGAAGUUUUGAUCAAAGUAUUUAAUACUGGAUUUAUUCCAAUUCUCUCAACUAUCGCGACACAUACCAAUUUUGAUAUUCAAGAAUAUAUGAGAUCUUUACCUCAUCAGGAUCUUUUACCAGGAUUUCUAGAAUUCGUUCGUUCUCAAGAUAUCGAUCUGAUACGUUUGGGAUUAGGAUACAUUGAAUUGCUAUUAACUCAAGUACAAAAUGGCCAACAACUCAUUGAGCAAAUGCAUGGAAUUGAUGCGUUGGAGUCAGUUACAUUGCUAGAAGAGCCGUCACUGCGUGACACAUCUACUCGGCCCGCCGUCGUUAGAGAACUUAAAGGCGUUGUUUGCGACGAAAACCCGGAUACGACGAUUG